AUACGGAUGCUAUGCUAUAAUGUGAAAGCACAGCAUAUAAAUGUUGGUAAAUCUGUGUCUACCGUAUGCCACGGCGUGCAUCGUGUUUGGUUCAAGCUCUAACAUGGUGUGGAUUUGAUUUGAUCCUCUGAAGAAUGUGUAAAAGUUAUGGCUAUCUCAAGCUGGAAAAGAAACAUCAGAUUAGGAUUGGUAAUUUUGGGGGCGGGGCUAAUCUGUACUUAUCUUUACACUAGAGCCAUGAAAAAUGCACCUACAGUGACUGUAGUAAAAAGGAAUACGGAAAUAAUAAAUAGAUUGAAAGUAGAAGAAAAUACGGUUUCAGUGAAUGUGAAUAUUUCCGAAGGGGAAUGUCGAUGGAUAAAGCCAUGGUUCAAUCGCCCUGUUUCAAGUUUCGAACGUACCCAAAUGAUAUUUUUCGGUAAACCUUUUAUGCAAUCCUUGAAAAAUAUAGCCACUGAGCGUCAUUGGGGCUUGGGUUUGAUACUCAAUGAUUCUACGUCUGGACUUUCUCGUUUGCACAACUAUUUGUCUGUACAUGAUUCGUUCACAAUUGUGAUUACCUCAUCAAGAUUUUAUAAAUAUUUUUCCCUGCAAAAUCUCUCCCAGUCCAAGAAUUCUUUAGUGUCUGCAGUUCGCUAUGCUUUUAAAAUCACAGGAGGCAAAAAGGGACAACUGGUUGCUUUUCGAGAGCAUUUCUUGAAAUAUGGAUGCAGUUUAGAUGACCUAGAGGUGAUGCCAAGAUCCUUUUUAUUGGAUAGCACGAAAGAAUGUCUACAAUUCUUUAAGUAUGCGGACAAGAAUCCAGACAACUGGUGGGUGCUCAAAGAAUCUUCUGGCUAUGGAGGAACUGGAAUAACCAUUCACAGCAAUCUCACAAAGCUCUACAAGGAUUUCAGCUUGUGCACAAACACUAAAGAGUAUGUUGUUCAAAAGUACUUACCGAGUCCUUUGUUGCUGCACAAGAGGAAAUUUGAUAUACGUGGUCUUGUUUUGAUUGCUUCGACUCAACCGUACCUUUUGUUUCAUCACAAUGGCUACCUUAGAGUGUCCAUGAAACAGUUCUCUCCACAAGGUGGUAAAGAAGCUCAUAUUACCAAUAGUCACUUACAAGUCAAUGCCAAGAAUUAUUCACCCGACGAGCAUUUGUGGUCAUUUGAAAGGUUUCAGAGCUACUUGGAUGAGUAUGUACCUGAAAAUAACGACUUUGUUAGAUCACGUCUGGUUCCUUUUAUCAAGAAGACUGCUCUGUUCAUUCUACAAACAGGUAGGGGCGGAGUGUUUCAGAAUUCACCCUCCAGUUACCAGCUGCUGGGGCUGGAUUUCAUGGUGACGACUGAUCUCCGUGUCUGGUUCAUUGAGGCCAACAACUACCCCCUCUGGCCAACUGGCUCCAAACGUAUCGAUCACCUCAUGAACGCCAUGGGAAAUGCCAUGUUUGACCUGCUCUUUGCACUGAGAGAGAGCCCUCUGCAAUUUGUUGCUAUGAAACCAGGCAGCAAGUACAAGUCAUGGGAACUAAUGUGGAAUGAAAUGGAUGAAAAGUGUUCAAAUGUACCGCUUUAUAACCCAUGUGACCUUUUUAUUAACCCAGAAAAUUAAUGUGAUUUUUGUUUUUAUUUUUUAGUGUUUGUACCAUAUUCAAGUUAUUUUUAUGCUG